AUGGAAGGCUUUAGGACCAAGCAGCAAUUGACAACGAGGAGAACUACGUUGCUCGCUUCGUUGAGCCGCGCCGAGCAGUUCAUGGAACGAUACAAUGAGGAACGGGACAAACUCGAGGCAUCCAUACGCUUGGAAAAUUUGAACAUGCUUUGGCAAGCACUGGAGGAAGUACAGACGGAAUUAGAGGAUGGCGAGGAAACGAAUGAAGGUCUGGUGAGAAAUUUAAAUUUCCGAGCGCAUUUUGAGCCUAUGCUCUUCAAAAUAAAAGCUUUCCUUUGCUCUAAAAUCCCUCCUCCUAUCAGUUCACACAACGAUCUCCCUCACAACACAAACACACGGUCCACCUCCGCUCUUCACGGUCUAAAACUGCCUACAAUCUCGUUACCGGAGUUCUCUGGCGAUUAUAAAGACUGGCUAGCUUUCCACGACACAUUUUCCGCGCUCAUACACUCGAAUCCUGACGUGGCAGAUAUCCAAAAAUUUCAUUAUCUACGCGCAGCUUUAAAAGGGGAAGCAGCGCAGAUUGUUGAAUCCAUCGGAAUUAGUGCCGCCAACUACAAACUGGCAUGGGACUCUUUAACCAACCGAUACUCCAACGAAUAUUUACUUAAAAAACGCCAUCUUCAAGCGCUGUUUGAUACUACAGAAAUGGCAAGGGAGACUGCCUCAACAUUGCAUGCGAUUGUUGAUGAAUUUGAGCGACAUGUUAAGAUUUUGGGACAAUUGGACGAGCCAGUUGAUUCAUGGAGCACUAUUCUGGAGCAUCUUCUUUGCACACGUUUACACGCUGACACGUUAGCAGCUUGGGAGGAUCACGCAUCAACUUUAGACAAGCCCACCUACAAGUGUUUAAUUGGCUUCCUUCAGCGUCGCAUGCGGGUACUGGAAUCGAUUUCGGUCAAUCAACACCAUGCAAUUCCAUCCGCAUCCUCAGCAUGCAUUGGUGAUUCGGAAAAGACCAUUCAUGCAAAUAUUUUGUCUCAUGUAGCGACUGAGAAUGUUCCGUUUAAAUGCUAUGUCUGCGACCAACACCACCCCUUAAUAAAGUGUUCAAAGUUCGAACGGCUCCCGAUAGCCGAGAAAAUGAGUCUAAUGAAUGCAAAUCACUUGUGUCUGAAUUGUUUCCGUGCCGAUCACUAUGCGAGAAACUGUACAUCCAGGUACAGUUGCAGAUUUUGUAGAAGACGUCACCACUCACUCAUCCAUUCAGCAUUUGCCGAUAACUUAAGCCGAGUUAAUCAAAAUACUGUCCCUUCAUCCUCAGGAAGUUACCCAGUAACAUCGACACAAACGCGCGAUGGUCCCAUUAAUGAAUCUUCGAUGUUUUCCGCGACAACUGCCGUCAAAUUAGCGAAACCUGGCCACCAUUCACCGCUGCCUGAUGCCGAGAAGAGUAUUUUAAUGCUGACGGUGGUUCUGGUUGUAGUCGAUCGAUAUGGGAAGGAACAUUUGGCUCGAGCUUUGCUGGACUGUGGUUCGCAGCCAAACAUAAUUUCCGAAAGAAUGGUACAAAUCCUUCGGUUAAAGCGAAAAAGGGCGAAUGUGCUUAUUCAGGGAAUAGGUAACCAGCCACAACAUGUAACUCAAUCCGUUUCCACGCAAGUCCGGUUUCGCAAGGAAGAUUUCGCUUUGGAUGUGAACUUCUUGGUUUUGGAAAAGGUAACGUCAAACUUACCAGCCUGUGACGUGCUUAUUGAUGACUGGUGUCUUCCCGAGAAAUUAUUUUUGGCUGAUCCAAAUUUCAACAAACGAGCCGGAAUUGAUAUGAUUAUCGGAAACGAACACUUUUUCUCAUGUUUCAAAACAGCUGCAAGAAUUGAGCUAUCCAAUUCCCUGCCGACGUUAGUGGACAGCGUCUUCGGAUGGUUAGUUUCAGGAACAGCGACUAUAUUUCAACCCUCACAUGAAGUUUUGCAUCACUCCGUUACCACUGUUUCACUUGCUACCCUCGAGGAAAGUUUAGAACGGUUUUGGGAAACAGAAGAGCUGCCAAACCAAUCCAAUUAUUCCAUAGAUGAGCAAAACUGUGAGCAGUUAUAUGCAGCGAAUGUUGCCAGAGAUUCUGAGGGAAGAUACGUGGUGCGAUUUCCCCGCCACCCCAACUUCGAAGAAAUGCUUGGGGAGUCUAAAGCGGCUGCACAGAGACGUUUUGAAUCACUAGAGCGAAGGUUGUACCACGAUGACCAGCUGCAAAAAGAAUAUAGUAAAUUCCUUCAUGAGUACAUAGCUCUUGGACAUAUGCGCCUGGUUCCACCCCACGACAAAUUUGUUUCCAACCAAUGUUUCCUCCCACAUCACCCGGUUGUCAAAGAGGCAAGCACGACAACCAAGCUUCGCGUCGUUUUUGACGGAUCAGCCCAGACGUCAUCAGGUCACUCUCUUAAUGACGCACUGCUGGUAGGACCAGUAGUACAAGACGAUUUACUUUCAAUCAUUCUAAGAUUUCGUACAUAUCCUGUAGCAUUGGUCGCGGAUAUCGAAAAAAUGUACCGUCAAGUAAAACUAAAUACUGAUGAUACACCCUUCCAACGUAUAUUAUGGCGCUUCUGUCGGCAAGAACCAAUACAAACUUACGAACUUCUAACAGUUACCUACGGCCUCGCUUCCUCAUCGUUUCCUGCAACUAGAACCCUCCAACAGCUUGCCGAAGACGAAGGAAGGUCGUACCCCUUGGGAGGCCCAGCUCUGCGGAAAGGCUUUUACGUUGAUGAUUUCAUCGCCGGAGCUCAAUCAGUGGAAGAAGCAACACAACUACGAUCUGAGUUGAAUGAACUGUUAUCCAAAGGCGGAUUUUCUCUGCGAAAAUGGACAUCGAACAAGCUCCAGGUUCUACAGGGCCUUUCGGCGGAUGAAAUUGGAACUCACUCAUCUUUGAAGUUCGACAAGGAUGAAACUGUCAAAGCUCUCGGCAUCUCAUGGGAACCUCAAAGAGACAUAUUGAGAUUCGAUACUAACAUCAGCCAGAAAGGAAAGUUGACAAAGCGAGCAAUACUUUCCGAAAUUUCACAACUUUUCGACCCUUUGGGUCUGAUCGCUCCAGUUAUAAUACGCGGAAAAAUUCUAAUGCAACACCUGUGGUUGGAGUCCUGUGGAUGGGAUGAUGAAGUUCCCGAGAACAUAGCAACGAAAUGGAAACGAUACUCCGAGCAGCUACCAUUGCUAACUGGUUUUAGAGUGAGCCGCUAUGCCUUUCUGCCGAACGCCGAGAUUCAACUACACACGUUUGCAGACGCCUCCGAAACAGCCUAUGAAGCAUGUACAUACGCAAGAUCCGUCGACCCUCAGUGCAAUAUUUCAGUACAACUGUUGGCUUCAAAAUCUCGUGUAGCACCGCUCAAGCGGGUUACUCUUCCUAGGCUGGAGUUGUGUGCCGCUGAUCUUGCCGCAAAACUCCAUUCCAGGAUAAUCCAAGCACUGCAGAUCAACAUCGCCUCAUCGUUUUUUUGGUCCGACUCCAUGGUUACAUUACAAUGGCUGAAAUCUCCGCCAAACACCUGGAAAACCUACAUAGCCAAUCGAGUGUCGGCUAUUCAGACUGCUACCCACGGAGCGCAAUGGAAACAUGUUGCUAGUAAGCAAAACCCAGCUGACCUAGUAUCACGGGGUUUGGAGACAAGUGAACUUUUAAACAGCGCAGUUUGGAAACAUGGCCCCGCCUGGUUAUCCCUCAUCCAAGAACAGUUUCCUUCAUCGAGCAUUCCCGAUUACCCCAACGAUGGAAAAGAAAGACGAAAGGUGGUAGUUGCUAGCGCCAAAAUAGAACCACUGCACAAUCCCUACUUUUCACGAUUUUCAUCGCACAAUCGACUUGCUCGCGUUACAGCUUAUUGUCUCCGGUUUGCCCAAAGAUGUCUCAUGAAAACCCGGACCCAGUUAUCCAAUGAACCCCUACGUAUUUCGCUUACAGUCAAGGAGUUGACAAACGCCCAAUCGAUUCUCGUUCGAAUUGCUCAGCAUGAUGUGUUCAAGCAGGGGAUCAAAGAUUUGAAAAGGGACAGAACAGUUUCCAAGCAUUCCUCACUUCGACUUCUCAAGCCUUUUGUAGACCCGGAGGGAACGAUAAGAGUGGGAGAGAGGUUAAGAUUGUCUGAGCAACCCUACAUUCAUAAACACCCAGCCCUUCUACCAAGUUUCCAUCCCUAUACCCGCCUCCUCGCUAAACACUAUCACCUGAAACUUAUGCACGGUGGCGGUCGGCUUACUCUUGCUGCCAUGAGGGAGAAAUAUUGGCCAAUAAAUGGAAGACGCCUAAUGAGAAGCGUUAUCCGAGGAUGCUACCAAUGCGCCCGAGUGAGUCCUGUUCCUGCGAGUCAAUAUAUGGGGCAACUACCUCUAGCUCGAAUUACUCCAAGCCGCCCGUUCACUGCUAGUGGAGUGGACUAUGCCGGCCCAAUAUAUUUGAAACCUAUCCACAAGAGAGCAAACGCAGCGAAGGCAUACAUUUGUAUAUUUGUUUGCUUUAGUACAAAGGCCGUUCACAUUGAGUUGGUAAGCGACCUCUCCACGCCAGCCUUUAUAGCCGCGCUACGACGUUUCAUCGCCCGGAGAGGUCGUCCAACUGACAUCUUCUCGGACAACGGCAAGAACUUCGAGGGUGCCAAAAACGAGCUCAAGCACCUAUACCACUGGCUCGGAGGCAACGAAGGGGAAGCCAUUCAGCCACACUGCGCCAACGAAGGCAUCAAUUGGCACUUAAAUCCGCCAAAGGCUCCCAACUUUGGCGGUUUAUGGGAAGCUGCAGUGAAGGUUGCUAAAAAUCAUAUGUACCGCCAGUUGAGAAAUUCCCGUUUGUCAUUCGAGGACUUGAACACAGUCCUGACAGAAAUCGAAGCCGCAAUGAAUUCUCGACCAUUGGUGCCACUUUCCGAAGAUCCGAACGAUUUAGCCUGCCUCACUCCGGCCCAUUUUCUAAUUGGGUCGACAAUGCACUUCAUACCAGAAACCAAUAUAAUGGACGUUCAGAUGAGCAGAUUGAACCACUACCAAUCCAUGCAGCGUCUAUUCCAGCAAUUUUGGCAUCAUUGGCGCGGCGAGUAUCUGCAAGAGAUGCAAAAAUGCACAAAAUUAACCGGAGAAAACAAUGAGCUACGUAUUGGACGCCUCGUGGUAAUCGUCGACGAAUUUCAGCAUCCAGUGAAAUGGCCGCUCGCGAGAAUUCUCUUCAUCCAUCCAGGACCGGAUCAGCUUACGAGAGUUGUAACACUACGAACCGCUCGCGGCAUCCUAAAGCGGCCGAUCACUAAAAUUUGCUUGCUUCCUUGUGAAUCCUACGACGAGUCUGCAGCAAAUGGUUCAGCGCAUCGUGACACCAGUGUGAUGAGGCCGAUAAAUCACGAUAAUGAGCGGACGGCUUCAGUCGCUUCACGUUUACAUUGA